CCCGGCCCGUGAUGCUCCGCGGCCCCGGUGCAAGAUGGCGGCGGAGCGUCAGGGAGGCGGCGGCGGCCGCGGGGCCGGGGCGGAGGAGAACAAGGAGCACAAGGACGGCAAGGACAACAAGGAGAACGAGCGGCCGGCGGGGCCGCAGCCCGGCGGCCUCGGCGACAGCCUGGGCCUGGAGAUCCUGCAGAUCGUGAAGGAGUCCCAGCAGCAGCACGGCCUGAGGCAUGGGGACUUCCAGAGGUACAGGGGUUACUGCUCCCGCAGGCUGAGGCGGCUCCGCAAAACUCUCAACUUCAAGAUGGGCAACAGACACAAGUUCACUGGGAAGAAAGUAACUGAAGAGAUUCUCUCAGACAACAGGUAUCUGCUGCUGAUCCUGAUGGAUGCAGAGAGGGCCUGGAGCUACGCCAUGCAGCUGAAGCAGGAGGCCAACACGGAGCCCCGCAAGCGCUUCCAUCUGCUCUCGCGGCUGCGCAAGGCCGUGAAGCACGCCGAGGAGCUGGAGAGGCUCUGUGAGAGCAACAGGGUGGAUGCCAAGACAAAGCUGGAAGCUCAGGCGUACAUGGCUUACCUCACCGGCAUGCUUCGCUUCGAGCACCAGGAGUGGAAGGCAGCAAUGGAGGCUUUCAACAAAUGCAAGACCAUCUAUGAAAAGCUGGCCAAUGCUUUCACAGAAGAACAAGCUGUGCUGUAUAACCAGCGUGUGGAGGAGAUCUCGCCCAACAUCCGCUACUGUGCCUACAACAUUGGUGACCAAUCUGCCAUGAAUGAGUUGAUGCAGAUGAGACUGAGGUCUGGUGGCACUGAAGGUCUUCUUGCAGAAAAACUGGAGGCUCUGAUCACCCAAACUCGGGCAAAGCAGGCAGCCACGAUGAGUGAGGUGGAGUGGAGAGGGAGAACUGUCCCAGUGAAGAUUGACAAAGUGAGGAUCUUCCUGCUGGGGCUGGCUGACAACGAGGCAGCAAUUGCUCAGGCAGAAAAUGAGGAGACAAAGGAGCGUUUGUUUGAGUCUUUGCUCAGUGAGUGCAGAGAUGCCAUUCAGGCUGUUCGGGAAGAACUGAAACCUGACCAGAAGCAGCGAGAACACUCUCUGGAAAAUGAUUCUGGGAAGGUGUCCAACAUCCAGUACUUACACAGUUAUUUGACCUACAUCAAGCUGUCCACGGCCAUCAAGCGCAACGAGAGCAUGGCCAAGUCCCUGCAGAAGGCCCUGCUGCAGCAGCAGCGCUCCGACGAGGACGGCAAGCGCUCGCCGCGGCCGCAGGACCUCAUCCGCCUCUACGACAUCAUCCUGCAGAACCUUGUGGAGCUGACACAACUUCCUGGCCUGGAAGAGGACAAGAACUUCCAAAAGGAGAUUGGAUUGAAGACACUCGUGUACAAAGCUUACAGGUGUUUCUUCAUUGCCCAGUCCUAUGUCCUGGUAAAGAAAUGGAGUGAAGCCCUUGUGCUGUACGAGAGGGUGCUGAAGUACGCCCGCGAGGUUCAGUCGGGAGCUGGAGCUCACAGGAACAGCCUGAAGGAGCUGCCUGAUGUUCAGGAUCUCAUCACUCAAGUCAAUGCAGAGAAGUAUUCCUUGCAAGCAGCAGCUAUUUUAGAUGCAAAUGAUCCUCAUGAGACUGAGUCUCCAUCUCAGGUCAAGGAUGGCAAGCCACUCUCAGAACGGUUUGAGACUUUCUGCCUGGAUCCUUCCCUGGUCAGCAAGCAAGUCAGCCUUGUGCACUUCCCACCAGGAUUCCAGCCCAUUCCAUGCAAACCCCUGUUCUUUGACCUGGCCCUUAACCAUGUUGCUUUCCCACCUCUGGAGGACAAGGUGGAGCAGAAGGCCAAGAGUGGCCUCACAGGAUAUAUAAAGGGCAUUUUUGGAUUCAAAAGUUAACCAGGACCCCCAGAGGAACAGAGGUUUUAUUCUGUAUUAAAGGAGAAGCUCCAGGAGGUUCUAGGACACAAAUACCUGCACCUGAAACCAACAGAGGGAAGUUCACAUCUUCUCCCCUGUGUCCUGUGUUCAUGUCUGUGCACACACAUUCUCUCCCAGUGUAUUAAAGACAAACAAUUACUCAGAAACAAACAUACACUAUAAAUAGCUGAAAAUAACCUGGAGCACAGAGAAAUUCCUUUCUGCUUGGAGAAGUUUUGUGAUCAGUGACCUGUCCAGGGUUGGUACACAUCUACUCACCAUGGACCAGGGCAUAGAUACAAUUUGAUUCCUGCCUCU